AUGGGCGUCCUCGCUCUCCUCUCCUUCUCGCAGGGCAUCGCCACCUUCACCCAUGUCCUCCUCGCCCUCCCCAUGGCCCUCGACCUCCUCGGCCCUCCUUCCUUCCUCCUGCUAUCAUCCCUCUUCACCCUCCACCAUGUCCUCUACUCCACCCUCCGCCUCUUCCUCAAAAACUCGCCCCUCGCCCCCUUAAUGGCCAUCCUCUCCUUCCUCUCCCCGUUCAUCUCAUCCCUCAUGGUCGUCAUCACCAUCUACUACUACCUAUACCCCCCGUCUCCCCCUUCCGCGCACUCCCUCCUGCCGUCAUUCUCACAUUGGCUGGUCAAUGUUUUGCCGUUCGCGUACGCUCAAAUAUUGAGAUGGGUCAGCCCGCUCUUCACCUUGCUAGAAGGUAUCAGCACUUUGCUCGUCAUCCAAGUUGCUGGCCGCGUGGGCAAGGGGUGGGCAGAUGAAGAGGACAGCGAUGAGGGAUUGGAGUGGAGAAGUGUAGUGGCGCUUAUCGCUGCUGCUUUGGUGUACUGUGCCGGGUUGGCGGGCAUCAUCAAGACCUUUCCCGAGCUUCCAUGGCCCGCCUUCCUCCUGGGCCUGGCCUUGUCGUCGGUCGUCUUCCUCUCCAUGAUCGGUUUCACCCUCAAACGGACCAAUGUCCUCGAAACCAGCUUGGUUUUUGUCUACGUCGUCUACAGCGCAUGGCUUUCUGGCGUCGAAGCAGAGAUGCCUGCUCGUACUUUUGGCUCUUCUUGGUUCCCCUCCCCCUCUCCGCUUCGCGAGUCAUACUCUAUACCGGCCAUCGGCAAACCUUCCGUCCAGUCCCUGCUAUCCUACGCCCUCCAUUCCCUCUUUCCUUCCUUCAUGACGGUCUCUAGGACUUUGCCGCCACACCUGCUGUUAUCUCUGAUAUACCGAGUAGCUGUCCUGCAUUUGGCGGCAAGGAUAGUGCCAGUAUUGAGACGGGCGAGUAUGGGCUGGGAUGAGCGGGAAGGCGGUGAGGGCGAGGAAGGUUUCUGGGAUGGAAGGACCUUGGGUGACGAGCCUGCUAAUAUGAGGAUUGCCACCGUCUUCCUGUCAUACAGAAGAGCCAUUCUCAUUGCUGUGUAUACCCAUCUCCUUUGCAAUCUCCAAGUGCUCGACGGGGGAUCCCAGACUUGGUGGAGGUGGAUCAACAUCGCCCUGCUAUUGUCAGUAUGGAGUCUAGAAUUGCUGUUGGAUGCGGAGGGCGACGAUACGGAUAGUGUGUCAAGGUGGAAGGUUGAUUGA